UAUCUUGUGUGUAUGUAUGUAUAUAAGGCAACUGGCAAACUAACAAGUUCUCACAUUCUCUACCACUCGCUUGUCACUGACGAACACACUGUUUGACAGUCUCUUUUCCUCUUGAGUCUUGACUGGACGACAUUCUUUGAGAAAAUAAAACAAAUUCUCCUUUCCAAUUUCAAAAAGUGGAUCUAGAAGCAGCAUACACCCUCAGCAGCAGCAGCAGCUUCGUAUUAUCUAGUGUCAACUAGAUUCCCGAGAGAUGAUUAUCCUGCGACCACUUGUCACGUUCCUGGCCGCCCUGCUGGUCUCCUCCUCCUCCUGUCUAGCUCAGGAUCGCUCAACUUAUUGCCGCCUUUCGACACGGCACACACUGUGUCGAUUCCAGAGCGACGGCGAGCAGUGCGGGAGCUCCGUUUCGAGACGUGGCGUGGAAGACAAGAACCGGCAGGUAAUCUUGGACGCGCACAACGCGCUGCGGUCGAUCGUGGCGUCGGGUCAAGAGUCACGCGGGCGUCCAGGUCCCCAACCUCAAGCUUCCAACAUGCAAAUCAUGACAUGGGACGAGGAACUGGCAACCGUCGCUCAACGCCUCGCCGAGCAGUGUCUAUUUGAACACGACUGCAACGAAUGCCGCAAAGUGGGUCGAUUUCCCGUUGGUCAGAACUUGGCUGUCGAAUGGACGACCGGCCCACCUUUGCCAAUCAACUGGAAGACACAAGUGACCAGGUGGUACGAGGAGGUCCAAGAGUUUCCCAACACAUCUGCCCGCAAAUUCGAGUUUUCGGUAGUGACGGGUCACUACAGUCAAAUUAUCUGGGCUGAUACGAAUCGCGUCGGUUGCGGAUUCACGUCCUAUCGAGACAACGGAACCUUGGAGACUAAUCUCUACGUCUGUAACUAUGGGCCAGCUGGAAAUUUCAUCGGAUUACCCAGCUAUAAAGUCGGAGCGCCUUGUUCUCAGUGUCCCGCUAAUACUGCCUGUAGCUCUCGAUUCAGCAGUCUGUGCGAAUCCCCCAAGAAAAACCCCGAGAUUUCCGGCGAAUCUCCUUCUGAAGAAUUAGCUAAUGAAAUUGUGCCCGGAUCGACAAGCAGACCCGUCCGACCUCCGCCGAAAGUGACGACGCCUACUGUUUCAGUUACACAGCGACCCACAAUUACGACAGCGAUCGGCUCGGCCGUCACAAAGCGGCCGACUGCUCCAACACGGCCCGUCGUAGUCACGCAGCGGCCAGCAAUGAAGAAACCCACGGCGGUCACGCAAGGACUGAUUGUCGGCGUCACUUCACGCCCACCAUUAUUUCUGGCGACGUUGGGCAACAACAACAACGUCACCGCCGAGGAAACGGUCGUCGUCCGCAAAGACUUGGUCUGUCAAGUAGGCAGGGGGGCGUGUCGGGCCGUGUUCAGAGGCACCGCUUGGAAUUUCCGACCUCAGCCUUUUUCCAUGAAUCAAACAGGCUAUCUGGAGACGAACCUGGCGGUAGGCGAACUGACGGAGUUGCAAAUCAGCCAAAACUUUCCUGCUCCAAAGGCAAACAGUCACUCGUGCUUGAGCUUCCAACUAAGACAGGAGGUUGAAAACGAUCAAAAAGGGACAUCGUGGCUCCUGCCACCUUUGCUAAUCAAAAUUCAGCCAGAGAAAAGCCAGUCUGUUGUGGUGCCCAUAUCCAGUGGCGUGGAAAGCAAAUGGGUUCAAGUAAAGUUGGCCGUCAGUCGGAUACGGACUCCCUUUAAGCUGCUUUUCCAACAGACUGGCCCUACGUCGACCGACGAGACGACUAAUUUCUCACCCCUCUCAAGAGCAACUCUUCGUCUAGCACUAGGAGAGAUGCGAAUUUUCAGCGGAAGUUGCAAACAGUAAAUAAAACUAACGGCGAAGUUUCAUUCGGAUUCCCCCACCCAAAAUAUUUCCUCUUUCAAGUAUCCAAGGCAAAAAGUCAAAAUGAUACGUAUACGUGGUACGUGACAAGAUACAGCUAAUUGAUUACACCUAUUGAUGUGGUCGAUGAACUUGACAGAUUGUUUGACAUGCAUCCUAUUUUAUAAAACCGUUUCAUCUUGUUCUGAAAUGAUUGAUUGCGGCAAUUAUUUGUCUCGCUUUGAAUACGCAAAUAUAUUAUUGAAAUAA